AUGUCAAAGCUGGAAAAGCGCUUGAGGAAUCUAUUUUCGUCUCCCCGUAAAGGUGAAACUUUUGAACUCAAAUCGGGCCUAGCCUCUAAUUAUGCUAUGGAAAGGAAAGAAUCAAUUCGAAGAGUUAUAGCCGCUAUGACAGUAGGGAAGGACGUAUCUUCCCUGUUUCCUGAUGUUUUAAAGAAUAUUGCAACACAUGACCUGGAACAGAAAAAGCUUGUUUAUCUUUAUCUGAUGAACUAUGCAAAAACAAACCCUGAACUAUCAAUUUUGGCCGUCAAUACCUUUGUUAAAGACAGUGAGGAUCCAAACCCAUUAGUUAGGGCACUAUCUAUCAGGACCAUGGGAUGUAUUAGAGUGGAUAAAAUGGUAGAUUACAUGGCAACCCCGUUGAAAAAGACCUUGAUGGAUACUAAUCCGUAUGUACGGAAAACAGCUGCGAUCUGCGUUGCUAAAUUGUUUGAAUUGCAUAGUGAUUCCUGCAUAGAGCAGGGAUUUCUAGACAGGCUUGUUGCGCUGAUUGAUGAUAGUAACCCGAUGGUUGUUGCAAAUGCAAUUUCGUCUCUGGUUGAAAUUUCCCGGUUCAGCAAUGAUUCAAAAGUUUUGAAUCUUUCACCUGUGGUGUUAAGAAAGUUAUUAAUGACAUUAAAUGAAUGUACAGAAUGGGGAAGGAUUACAAUAUUAACCUGCCUGGCCGAUUUUGAGUCCACAAACUCAGAAGACGCUUUUCAUAUCAUGGAAAGAUGCUCCCCACAAUUGCAGCAUGAGAAUCCUGCAGUUGUUUUAGCAGCAGUUAAGGUCAUAAUCAAAAACAUUGACCAAAUUGAAGGUGAGGCGAAGCAAGUCUUGCUUGCAAAAUUGUCUUCACCAUUGGUAUCCUUACUUUCGACUCCACCAGAAAUUCAGUAUGUUGGGCUCAAAAAUAUCAAAGUGAUUCUAGAAAAGUAUCCCACGAUCCUGUCCAGAGAAUUGAGAGUCUUUUUUUGCAAAUACAGCGAUCCGCUUUACUUGAAAUUAGAGAAAAUAGAGAUUCUUAUAAGGCUAGUGAACGACUCCAAUGCCACUCUACUCUUAUCCGAACUGAAGGAAUACGCUUUAGAAUUUGAUCAACAGUUCGUUGAUAGAGCCAUUCAGGCAAUUGGGCAAAUCUCAAUUAAACUGCCUUCCAUAUCAAAAAAAGCUGUCGAUAUUUUGUACGACAUAGUAGCAUCCAGGCCUGAAUACGUGAUCGACCAAGCAAUUGUGGUGCUACAGGAAUUUUUACGCAGGUAUCCCGUGGAGUUUACUAGUAGUAUUAUCCCGAUCAUUGCAGACAUGAGUAUCCAAGAUUUUAACAAUCCAAGAGCGAUAUCUUCUUAUAUAUGGAUCAUUGGCGAAUAUACUUCAAAGAUUCCUCAUCUAGAAUCUAAACUUCAAAGAGUUGCUGAGACUUUUCUUGAAGCUGAUCCUUCUGUGCAACUAGUCAGCCUGACCACCGUUUGCAAGUGUCAUUUGUCUAAGCCUACUGCACAAACUCAACAAGUUUUGCAGCAAGUUUUGGAAUACGCCACGCAGAAGGUUGAUAAUUCUGAUGUGAGAGAUAAAGCAUUUAUAUAUUGGAGAUUGCUUUCAUUGGAGCAAGAACACAUCCAGAAGGAAGUUAUAUUGACAACUCUUCCCAAACUCGACACAAUAAUACCUCUUUUUCCAACGAGCGUUCUGAAUGAAUUGGUAAAUGAGAUAUCCAUGUUAAGCACCGUUUAUGAAAGGCCAGGAAGAGAUUUCGUCAAUACUGAUGACACUAAUCGAUAUCUCAAUCCCAAUAUACAAUCGAGAAGGAUUGAAGAAUUGCAGUUGAUAGCCAAACAAGAAAUAAUGGAUAACACCGUAAAGGCAGAACAUCUACUUGACUUCGAUGAUGACAUUGAAGAGGAUGGCCUAUCUGGAUCCAACUCCAUUGGGAUAAAUGAGUUGAAUGAGCUAAAUGACCUCUUUUCUGGAUUUAACGUUUCUCCUACUCCCAUUGAGAAGUAA